GCUCACACGGGCAGAGCGUGGAAGCGGGACCAUGGGCUACUUCGGGGCUGCUCUCCUGGUCCUCCUCGUUCUUCCCGCUCAGGAGCCCAACGGCAUUGCUCACGGACAGGUGCUGACCUUCCCCAAAUCUGGCCCAGGCUUGAGGAGACAGAAGAGGGACUGGGUCAUCCCACCGAUCACUUGCUCCGAGAACGAGAGGGGUCCGUUCCCCAAGGAACUGGUGCAGAUCAAGUCCAGUAAAGACAAAGAGACCAAGGUCUUCUACAGCAUCACUGGGCAGGGAGCAGACAGCCCUCCGGUUGGCGUCUUCUCCAUUGAUAGGGAAACAGGCAGGCUGAGAGUGACCCGUCCGCUGGACAGAGAAGACAUUGACAAAUACCAGCUGCAGUCCCAUGCGGUGUCUGAAAACGGCCAACCUGUGGAGGACCCCAUGGACAUCACCAUCAAGGUGAUAGAUCAGAAUGACAACCGGCCAGUAUUCACCCAGAGUGUCUUCAAAGGAGCCGUGACCGAAGGAGCCAGGCCAGGUACCUCUGUGAUGCAAGUGACGGCCACUGACGCUGAUGACAGCAUAGAUACUUUCAACGGGGUCAUCACCUACUCCAUCCUCAGCCAGGAGCCUCCAGAGCCCCACAGACAAAUGUUCACCAUCAACAAUGAAACAGGGAUGAUCAGCGUGAUCACCACAGGCCUAGACCGAGAGAAAUUCCCCCGGUACACUCUGGUCCUACAAGCUGCAGACAUGUUAGGACAAGGCCUCACUGCUUCAGCGUCAGCAGUGAUCACCGUCACCGACACCAGUGACAACCAGCCGAUCUUUGAUCCGUCCACGGCUGCCGCCCCAGAGGAAGGCCCCCACGCUUCCCUGAGCAUCCAUGCCCUGAAUGUGCUCACCGGCCUCCCCGCCACAGGCCUGGCCAUGCGCUUCUUUCAGCUUGGGGAUUCCAGCGACCCAUGGACAGAGAUCAUGGAGUGUAUGACGAACAUGGAUGGGCGCAUGGACAAGAGCAUCCUGGCACCUGGGAAACUGAGCGCGGGCACCUACAAGCUGCACUUUGACACGGGGAAGUACUGGCAGCAACAGGGCCACACCAGCUUCUACCCUUAUGUGGAAGUUGUCUUCACAGUCACAGGGGCGGAAAGCAAAGUGCACAUCCCGCUGCUGACCAGCCCCUAUUCCUACACGACCUACAGAGGGAACUAGUGGAAGAGACGGGGCGGCAUCAGCGGGGGGCGCCACUGCAGCAAGCCACAAACCACAGUGUCUUCUUAGACAUCGCCUGCGCGGUACAGUGGAGUGGAAGCUGGAGCUGCCUCCAAGUCCCCACGUUUGGGCCGUGGCCACAAGUUGAUGCCUGCCAGUAAACAGGAGACUAAUAAAAGGCCUGCCUCACAGGGUUCUUGUGAGGGUGAAUGCAGAGUGUUA